UCGAGGCACUGGUCUGGAGUUUUCAAUGUCAUACUAACGCGGUCGACGCAAUCCUUCAAGGCACUGAACAGCACACGAACGUUGUCAAUAGACCUCAAGACGUGGUAUGCCAUGGAUACCUCUUCCGCACCUCUAGCCGAUUACUUCUGGAUCGCCGGUAUCGACUCGCUUUCCUACAAUGACUCCCUCUUCAGGCCACAAAAUCCCAGUGACCUUAAUGGCGCCGGGCCACCCUCACCAAGAGUCGACGCAACAAUAGAAGAAGCGGACAGUGAAGGAGAAGGACCUGGAUCACCUGUAAAUAAAGAAAAUGACGCCCCUAAAGCCACGGCCCGGCAUUCUCGCACCAAUUCCUGGAAUCGGCUCAGCAAGCUAUCCAGCGAUGCACGAAAUUCAAUUUCGACGCUCGAUGAGCUCGAAAGCACAGCUAGUAACAGAAGCAGUAUGACUAUCAAGGCUCUGCCCAUGAAUGGCAACGAGGGCAGUGGUGCUUUGGGGGAUUUCGAUUUCGACAAGGCCUUGACGAAAUUUGCGAAUGAGAGGGAGAAUUUCCUGGAUGACUUGAGCUUUUCUGCAGGAGCUCCUGUUCAGAGCAGGCCGCCGAUGACAACGCCAAUCAUAAAUACGCGGGCAGAGAGACUCAGGGUGGAAGAUGGGGAGUUCGGUGGGACACCAGGGAGGAAAAGCCCUUUGCUAAGGAGUGUAGGAGGUAGCAUACGACGACGGAUCAGUUUUAGGGACAUGAACAGUAUGAAGAGGCAACCAAGUGUUCAGAGAACAACCUCUGUACGCACAUCAAGACGGAUGAGCAAUUACAACUCUGUUAUUCCACCUCCCGAACCUUUGAAUAUCGAUCCAGAUACCCACCCCCUGAAACGAACCUUCGAACCCGUAUUACUGGACCGAUACCCCCCGAAGCAUGCAACGGACGAGGUAAAGAGACGAGGACGAUUCCCUGACUACAUACCUAUGUUUGCAUUUCCAAAUGAUGUUACUAUCAUGUCUUCAGACGAACGGCCCCGGUCGACAUGGCAUGGUUUUGCAAUGACCUCUGACGACAAUUCGAAGAUCUAUGGCAUUACGGUUAUUGUAUGGAUGCCGCUGAACUCGGACGCAGCUGAGAAUGUCGAGAGGCGAUGCGAGCAAUGGAGGCAGCGCCACAUGACAAAUGAAGAAAGGGAAUUGGCUGCAAGCUUGGGAGAAAGAUUGGCUUCGGAACGUGCAAAUUUGUCUCAGUUACUGGCGAGGUUACCAACUGUAGUCUCCGGUUCAGAUGCCAGAGAUGCCCUGGAAGAGCAAAUUAGUGCUGUGGAAGAGAAGAUUUCACUGAUGACUGAUAUGUUACGGCCCGUACGACAUGGAGCUGCUUCCAAGAUCGAUGGUUUGACAGAUGGUGAGACUGGGCUGUGGUCACCCAGAGCUUAUGGAAUCAUUGGACGAGAUGGCAGUAUGACUAGCUUCUGGAAGGAGUGGUUACGAGCUGUGGUCGUUCCUAUGACUAAUGGAGCCAUUUACAGGGUUCCAGCAAGUACCCCAACGCUCGGACAAUGGCAACCCCUGGAGCGAUAUGUCGUCAACCUCUGUACAGAAGCAUUGAGCCCCAUCUCCUCGAAGACUCAGGUUGAAUUAGGAGUCAGAGAACUGCGAUUAUUUGCGAGGAAGGAAGCUGCAAAUGAACUUCCGGAGUCUCGCAGCACUGAUCUCUACGCUUUGUUUAGAGCUCUCACUAUUCAAAAUAUUGUGGCUUUAUUCGAAUUUGCCUUGUCGGAAUCUAGAAUCAUAUUACUAUCAUCACAUACGGCUAUGCUCCAUCUUGCAAGCAAAGCUAUAGCAAGCUUGUUAUAUCCCAUGAAAUGGGCGAGUAUUUUCAUUCCGGUUCUGCCUAAACGGUUGAUUCAAGUCUUGGAAGCACCCUGCCCAUAUAUCGUCGGGAUUGAGAGGAGAUACGAUAAUUUGGAACUUCCAGAAGAUGACUACGUUUUAGUAGAUUUAGAUCAAGAUACCAUAAAUGCAACAUCAGCACCUGACGCUCUGCCUCGGCAACAACGUCGAAAACUCGUUUCACUCCUCCAGUUGGCAGCUCCUCAUCAUAACAGAUGUGGAGUUCAAGUUGGACCACCACCAUACGCUAUCGAAACCUUUCCUUACGAUGCCUUCACAUCUGAGAACGAAGCAAUCUUCACCCAGAACGCCCCUCCUAGUUCCCUGGCACAGUACGUGGCCCAAAAUUCAACAACUUUCGGAGAGCCUGAUCCGAUAGCUUCGAAACGGGCGUUGGUCUUCAAUGCAUUCUUGCAAACGAAGAAUGAUCACAGUCGUGUGGAGAGACCUUUGACAAGUAAAUCUUCAGCCAGAGCUAGUCCCCCUUCAUCGGUCUCGCCGGUAUCAGGACACUUUCCGCCUUUACCAACCACGCCUGUCUCGCGGAACGAUUCUGGAUUUGCUCUUGCCGCUACAUUAAGGGAGAAAAGGUCGGGACACUUCGAUGCUAAUUCAAGAAGAAGCUCAUCAUUCAAUGUGGAUAGACAACCUACGCUACGUCGACCGAGCGCGCCUUUCGGUGCCGGUCACUCCUCAAGCCUGUCUACCUCCGCUGUGUCCAUAGACGCCCAAUCUAUGUAUGGCUACGCUCCCUCAGCUUACGCGGCUUCGACCCUAGCUGCCUCGACCAUCAUGCCGAAUAUGCUCAUGCAGCCAGUCCGGAAUACGGAUAGUAUGAUCUGGGUUGAGGGCCACUGUAUGGUCCUGAAACCAAAUGACAACUCGUCCGUUUGCUCUAUCUGUGAAGAGAAGCCUGACGGGGAUGGAACAUACAAAUGCACGAGCUGUACCACGGUCGCUCAUGGUCGCUGCUUGGGUACGCUAUCUUUGGUCUGCCCAGCAGCAUUCCACGCCGAUCGCGUACGAGCAGCCUUCGUCCGUUGCUUUGCAAGUCUCUUCUACACUUACAGGAAGUAUCUGAAUAGACCGACGAGGGAGCAAAAGAAGAGCGGCCAACUUUACGGUUUCGACAUGGAUGGAUUCUUGAAAAGUUUGCCAACUGAACAGCAGGAGUAUAUCACUAUGUUGAAGCAGACACAAGCAUUCAACGAAUUUAUCCAUGAGCGUGAAACCAAUCCCUCCAACUCCCCCAAAGUCCAACUCUUCGAUAGUAUCAUCCUGUCCAAGAAAUCCCGCGGCCGCACCUCUUUCUUCUCCUCACGUGGUGCCUCAAGAUCCUCCUAUCUUGACGAUACCUCCGAUCAUCUCUGGCGAAGUGCUGCAGUGCCCACGCCGAGCUGGAAGGUUCCAGGCGAUCUUCACGCUAUUACAACGCGCAUCCCGGCUCAGCUAGAUGUCACGCUGAUGCGGGAGCCGAGAGUUAUUCAGGGCGUUCCGAGGAUGGAUAUGCCCGGGAAGAGAGUAGGACGAAAAGCGGUUCCGAGUUUGCUUGGGAUUAGUGGUCGAGGCUAA